ACUUUUGGGAGAGAAGAUCCGAAUCAAAGAUCCAACCCAAAGUUCAAAAUUAGCGAUUUAACGGCCAAAGAUCCCACUGUUCAUCAGUACCCUUCUUUCUCGCGGUUACUUCCUCUCGUGUCCCACCCCGAAUCCCAAUCUCUCUCUCUCUCUGUGUUUUUGUGUGUGUCUUCAUAGAGACAUGAUAUAAUGGCUGGAAUCCGACUACCUCCGGAGGACCCCGAGCCCUCGUCACAGCAGAGCAGAGGUGCGGUGUGUGAUCUGGUCUCCGACGACGAGCGCUCCGUGGCGGCUGACUCCUGGUCCAUCAAGAGCGACUACGGCAGCACCCUCGACGACGACCAGCGCCAAACCGACGCUUCCGAAGCCCUCUCUGCCGCCAACUACCGUGCCCCCUCAGAUUACAGUUCUGACAAGGAGGAGGCAGAUGCUGAAGAAGCAGCGCAAUCAAUGCUAGGCCUUCAGAGUUAUUGGGAUUCUGCAUAUGCAGAUGAGUUAGUAAAUUUUCGUGAGCAUGGCCAUGCUGGAGAAGUUUGGUUUGGAGCAGAUGUCAUGGAAGUUGUUGCUUCUUGGACCAAAGGCCUGUGUAUUGACAUUUCUCGAGGUUGCAUGCUAAAUCAUGUUGAUGAUAUCAAGUCUGAGCCAGCUGAGGGAGAUAAAUCUUUGUGUACACGGAGUGUUCUUGAUAUUGGAACUGGCAAUGGUUUACUUCUUCAAGAACUUGCUAAGCAGGGAUUCUCUGAUUUAACUGGUACCGACUAUAGUGAAGGGGCAAUUCAGCUUGCUCGAAGCCUUGCUGAUCGUGAUGGAUUUCCCAACAUUAAUUUUUUGGUUGACGAUAUUCUUGAAUCAAAGUUGGAAAGGCAGUUUCAACUUGUCAUGGACAAAGGUACUUUAGAUGCCAUUGGGUUGCAUCCUGAUGGCCCAAUCAAAAGGAUGAUGUAUUGGGAUUCAGUAUCAAGAUUGGUGGCUUCUGAUGGAUUAUUAGUUAUCACAUCAUGUAACAGCACAAAAAAUGAAUUAAUGCAAGAAGUGGAAAGUUUCAAUCAGAGAAGGAUUGGUGGGUCCCAGGAUCCUGAGACACCUAGGGAUCAAGAAGCAGGAAGAGAUCCUCCAUUUCAAUUCCUGAGCUAUGUUCGCUCAUAUCCAACAUUCAUGUUUGGUGGAUCUGAGGGAUCACGUGUCACCACUCUGGCAUUUUUACGGAGCUAAAAUUGCAAGUCCCUUUGUCUUUGUUGGAUAUACUUUUGGUCAUAUGAUUUGACGCACAUGGUUUUUGCUUUCCGUGUGUGUAUGUGCAUGGGAAGAAAUGGAAAGCUACUGAUGUAGAAGGUUUAUUUCCUUGAGACCCUGGAUUUGCUGAUGAAUGUGAAAGUGAGGUUUCCUCAGGCUUUAAUUUGUUA